GAACGGUUCAGUUGUAAUAUAGUAGAAACACGGUGAUAAGUAACGUGCUGCUGGUUGUGGUGUGGUAGUGUUGUCGCUUUCACGAGAGACGAUCUAGACGCGGUUGCUAGGCCUCAGUCACUAGAAAAUGGCUUUGAAUAAAGUUCGACUUGAGCUGCUCGGUAGGAAAGCGCAGGAUGUACGGAUUCUAUACAAUUUAUUUGCAAAGAGGACACAUUUCAACUACCAACCCGACGAGAAAUGUGAUAUUCCUGGUGAAAAGCAAAAGAUGAAUAUGUUUCAAGCCAUAAACAAUGCGAUGGAUAUUGCGUUGAAAACCGAUGAGACCGCAAUGGUGUUCGGAGAGGAUGUCGCCUUCGGUGGUGUAUUUCGUUGUUCAAUGGGCUUGCAGGCGAAAUACGGCAAAGAUCGUGUAUUUAACACGCCGCUUUGCGAGCAGGGCAUCGUCGGUUUCGGAAUUGGAGUUGCGAAUGUGGGCGCCACGGCAAUAGCGGAAAUUCAAUUUGCGGAUUACAUAUUUCCGGCAUUCGAUCAGCUGGUGAACGAGGCGGCGAAAUGUCGGUACCGAAGCGGAAAUCAAUUUAAUUGCGGUAGUCUGACAGUUCGAGCACCAUGCGGAGCAGUCGGACAUGGCGCGCUUUAUCACUCGCAAAGCCCUGAAGCUUAUUUUGCACAUACGCCUGGUAUGAAGGUUGUUGUACCUCGAGGACCUAUCAAAGCCAAGGGAUUAUUAUUAGCUUGCGUUCGGGAGCCGGAUCCUUGCCUUGUUCUCGAACCAAAAACGUUGUAUCGCGCUGCGGUGGAAGAGGUCCCGACCGGAGAUUACGUCCUGCCGUUGGGCAAAGCCGACAUCCUACGCGAAGGCACGCAGAUUACACUGGUCGGAUGGGGGACGCAGAUUUAUGUGCUCCUGGAGGUCGCCAAAAUGGCAAAGGAACAAUUUAAUAUUUCAUGUGAAGUUAUUGAUCUUGUGUCAAUUUUACCAUGGGAUAGGGAAACUAUUUGUCAGUCUGUGAAAAAGACCGGAAGAGUUUUAAUAGCUCAUGAAGCACCUUUGACAGGCGGAUUUGGUGCAGAACUUGCUGCAACAAUUCAGAAAGAUUGUUUCUUACACUUGGAAGCUCCAGUAAGCAGAGUGACAGGCUUUGACACGCCAUUUCCACAUGUCUUCGAACCCUUCUACCUCCCGGAUAAAUGGCGUUGUUUGCAGGGUGUCAAAGAUCUCAUAGAUUACUAAUACUAACCUUGCUCAAAUUGUAACUCGCCAUGUGUUUUUUUGCCAUUAUUUGUCAGAUACAUUUCUGCGAUCGUUAAACACGAACGCAUAAAAUAUUCAACUAAGUGCCAUCGCCCAAUUAUUGCUUUUAGGCGCAUCGUAAAAGAACAGGGAGGUAAGUGGUGCGCAAAUAAAGAUACUGUUCGUUAAUCAUUUCGGAGCUCGUAAAAAGAUCGUAUAUGUGCCACUUCCUUUUCUUGCCGUCCAGUGAGCAAGCCACAGAUGAAAUUUUCUUAGAUGAAAUAUACGUUACAAUGAUU